UAUUAAGACGCUCCAUCUGGUUGUUUUCCGUCAGCAGUCUUGACGGCAAGCUUCUCUUGUUGUUCGUGCUUUGUUCUUUUGACGAGCGUUUGUGCAGUUUAUUUUUGCCAACAAUGACGCAGCCGACGCUAGUAUUCAACUAUGACAUCUCCUGUCCGUUCGCUUACAUCGCCUCAACACGCGUCAAAGCCCUUGCUGAACGCACAAAUGCCAAACUCGUCUAUCGUCCCGUGCUUCUCGGUGCGAUCUAUCGUGCGACUGCCGCACCUCAGGGUGCAGCGGGGUCGGCCAGCGAUGUCUUCAACCCUACCAAGAAGGCCGUCACAGCACAGAGCAUGCGAAGAACUAUAAACAGAUACAAGAUCAAAUAUAACCCACCACCUGAGCAUCCACGAAAGUCGGUCAAUGCGUUGCGACUGCUAUAUUGUGUGCCAGACGGCGAUGAACGGUGCGUCUUGACCGAGAAGUUAUUCAGUGCUUACUGGGUUGAGAAUCGAGAUGUCACCGAUACCGAAGUGCUGCUGCGAGCUGCCAAGGAGAGUGGCAUUGCGAGCGCAUCAAUCUUGAAUGCAAGCAGCUUUGCCAAUGCGCAAGCCAGAAAAGAGCUGGAAACUGCGACUGCCGAAGCAAUCGAAAGAGGCGCUUUCGGCGUGCCAGGCUUCUGGAUUCCUGGUGCAAGAUGGACAGAUGUGCACGGCGAGACCAAGACUGGCCGAUUCUUCUGGGGUCAAGACCGCAUGCACUUCGUUGAGGCCACAUUGCUAUCACUUCGAGAUAAUAGUCAAUGGAGUGAUGUCUCUGGUCUGGCUACUCUCAUGCCUCGCUGCAUUCCAUACAGCCAGACCACACUCACGCGGAAGGUUAAGCUGGAGUUUUGGUACGACUUCAGCAGCCCGUGGGCCUUCCUCGGCUAUACCCAACUCGCAAGACUGCAGCGGAUUUUUGGAGCGAACCUCGAGAUCGAAAUGAAGCCGUUCUUGCUCGGUAUACUGUUUCGUGAGAUCGGCGCACCCAACAUGCCUAUGCUUGCUGUGAGCCCCACAAAAGCGGCGUGGUCAAGACAAGAUCAUGCGGACUGGACAGCUUACUGGAACGCUGUGAACAUCUCGGGAGAGGGCAGGGGUAAGACCAUAGCCUUUCACUGGGCUGAUGUCUUCCCCAUUCGCACCCCCACAGUGCUUCGAGUCGCCAUUGUAGAGCCGGCGACCGUUCCUUUAUUAUACUCAGCUUGUUGGGAGCAGAAUGCCAACGUAUCAGAUGAUAAUGUGCUUGUGAGCGUGCUUGACAAAGCUGGAUACAACGGAGCCGACCUGCUCGCGAAGGCCAAUAACCCUGCUAUCAAAGCCAAGCUGCGCGAGAACACCGCGGCGGCAAAGACAGCAGAUAUCUGCGGCGUCCCUACAUAUCGUGUACUACGACAAAGUGAGGAUGGGAGCUGGCAACCGCAUGGUGGUCUGGUCUGGGGGCAGGACGAGACCAAUGUCGUCGAAGACUUGAUUGCUGGGUGGAAUCCCGAGAGGUCACUUGAGGUCGCGGAACCUCAAAAGGCGAGCACUGGUGCGAAAGUAACGGCCAAAUUAUGAGCUCCCUUUCCUUCCUUGCCGCAUAGGCCUUGGUGUAGCGAUCUGUAGCUGGUCGUGCCGUUUGUAGAGUGUCGGUUCUACGUCGCUCCCCGGGCUCACACAUGCUUGACUGUUCACUGGUUCUCGCUCCCAUUAGCUCCAGAUGCCCACUUUGGCAGGUAUGAGGUGUACGCCGAGCGCUCACAUACUAUUGAAAUUGCUCCACCACGAAUAUCAUCCACAACCUGCCACACUCCACUCAACCAACGAACAUUACGCCCCCGCGG